AUGUACAGGUCCAGUUGGACCUCUCCCGUGGUGAGGUUCAUCCUCCUGGGCCUCUCAGCACACCCAAAGCUGGAGGAAACGUUCUUUGUGCUCAUCCUGCUGAUGUGCCUGGGGAUCCUCCUGGGCAACGGGGUCCUCAUCCUGGUGACCACCCUUGACUCCCGCCUGCAUACGCCCAUGUACUUCUUCCUGGGGAACCUGUCCUUCCUGGACAUCUGCUACACAACCUCCUCAGUCCCCCUCAUUCUCGACAGCUUCCUGACCCCCAGGAAAACCAUUUCCUUCUCAGCCUGCACUGUGCAGAUGUUUCUCUUCUUUGCCAUGGGAGCCACAGAGUGUGUGCUCCGGAGCGUGAUGGCAUUUGAUCGCUAUGUGGCCAUCUGCAACCCCCUCAGGUACCCUGAGGUCAUAAGCAAAGCUGCCUACGUGUCCAUGGCUGCUGGCUCCUGGGCAGCUGGAAGCACUACCGCCAUGGCUCAAACAUCCUUAGCAAUGCGAGUGCCCUUCUGUGGGGACAAUGUCAUCGACCACUUCACCUGUGAGAUCCUGGCUGUCCUGAAGUUAGCCUGUGCUGACAUCACCAUCAAUGUGAUCAGUAUGAGGGUAGCCAGUGUGAUCUUCCUGGGGGUCCCAGUUCUGUUCGUCUUUGUCUCCUACAUGUUCAUAAUUGCUACCAUCCUGAGGAUCCCCUCAGCAGAGGGGAGGAAAAAGCCCUUCUCUACCUGCUCUGCCCACCUCACAGUCGUGGUUAUCUUCUAUGGGACCAUCCUCUUUAUGUACGGGAAGCCCAAGUCCAAGGAUCUGCUGGGAGCAGACAAAGAAUAUAUUUCAGACAAGCUCACCUUCCUCUUCUAUGGGGUGGUGACCCCCAUGCUCAACCCCAUCAUCUACAGCCUGAGGCACAAGGACAUGAAGGCUGCUGUAAGGAAGCUUGUGGCUCAGAAAUGCUUCAGCCAGUGA